AGGAAGAAUGUUGCCCACUUAGUGCGGAGGUAAAACCUCAAUUAAGCCAAGCCCGUUCCAGCCAGUCAAGGCUCAGGCUGCAGCUUGGAAGCGCAGCAGAUGGGAAUGCAGGGACAAGUGCAGCCGCAAAUGCAGCCACACAUGCAGCUGCAAAUGCAUCCACAAAUGCACCCGCAAAUGCACCCGCAAAUGCACCCGCAGAUGCAGCUGCAGAUGCAGCCGCAGAUGCAGCCGCAGAUGCAGCCGCAGAUGCAGAUGCAUAUGGCCAGCCAUAUGCAGGUUCCACACGCGGUUCCUAUGCAGAGUCAAAUGAGCGAAGAAGCCCUGCGAGAAGCAGUGCUUCUAGAGACACUAGCCCGGCUUUUGAGAGAAAAAAUGGGAACCACAGGGAAUUCGGCAAGAGCUGUUUCCUCCACGGUUCCCCCCUGGCGAAGAACGCAAGCAGAAUCAACAAUGCCUCAAGCUCCAGAGACAAACAGGGAAGCAGACAAAGAAAGAGAAGCAGAACCAGAACGAGAAGAGAAGGUAGAAGCUCCAUUGGAGAAAUUUAUCAGAGUCUUUGGUCUAGAUGAACUAGCUGCCAAGUGCCUUUUGAAGCUACAAGAUGAUGAAGCUGCUUUUGUCAUUGAGUCUUGCCAGCAUCGAUUGAAGUAUGCGAAGAACCCAUCUGCUGUGGUCAUGAUUGCCAUCAGAGGAGUUGCUGCAAAAGUCGGGCGUAGAUAUUAUGGUACUCGUGAAACAGCAGAAGGCGAUGAAACACAAGCCGUUGGAGAACUCAAAAUGAUUGGAGGCUCUCCGGAUCAUGACUUGGGUGAUGCGGAAGUUGCCCAAACCGAUCCAUACUUGUCUAUGUUAGAGGACGAAGAGGAAGGUGAAGAAGAGGAGGAUAUCGUGGUGGAUCAAGAGGUGGAUGCUUCAAACAGUGCAGGUGCAGCGCCCGCACUGAAGCGGCCAAGAAUAGAGCCGGAGCAAGCGCCGCUAGAACUGCCCAAGGAGCGCUCAGCCGAGGUGCCGCUUGCAGACGCCGCGCAGGACAGAGAAGAAGACGAUCAGGAUACCUUGUUCUUCGUCGAUACUGGAGGAGCUUGAUGUAGACCUUACCAACAGUGAGCAAUCCUGAAACCUGAUUGCAUCUGAUUGCUUGGGUGGUUUGAAUUGCAGUUCUCAGGCAGAGUUAGCCUGGGCAUUGCUUUAUGUAUUGUUAUUCACAGCUCUGCACUCACAGAUGGAGCAGGGCUUCCACUUUUGCAUCAAAGUAUGCAGAAGCAAAAUCGGAAAACACACAUCACUGUUUGGGAUGC